AUGGAAGCCGAGUUCACCGGGCUGUACUGUUUUCCUUACUCAAUAUAACCCUUUGAUUUCUAACAUUUACGAGUCCUGGUCUUCAAGCAGCGACCUCGUGCCACCAUGGCUCGGCCACGGUUGGUGUUGGCCUUACUUGUAGCUCUUGUUGGCCUCGCCAUAGCUGCUGAUGACACCACAAAGGCGUCACCAGAAGCUUCAGCUUCAGCUGCUGGGCCUAAAACUGCCACCACGACCGUACAAGUCAUCACCCUGGCACCAGCAGCUACGAUUUCUAAUAAUGAUGAUAUUGAUCCGACAGGCAACUGCCUCGAAGAGAUAAAGCUUCACUGCGAAGGAGUUGAUGUUGGCGAGGGUAACCUUGCGGAUUGCGUCAGCGCUUUGAUAGCCGAAUCUGAACUUCAGGAUGCCGAGUCAGACGGGGACCCUCCGAGCGUCAGCGAUGCUUGUCGAGAGGAGGUGUACCAGUACAAGAUUUCCCGCAAUACUAACAUCAACAAAAACAUUCCCUUGGCCAAGGCAUGCAAGGUCGAUGCGGAAAGCCACUGCAACAACACGUGGUUCUUCGGCUACACGACUGGCAAGAUUAUAACUUGCCUUAGGGGAAUUAAGGAAAUGCUGGCGCCGGCGUGCGCCAAGCAGAUCUUCAAGCUGCAGGUGGACGCUGCGACGGACUUCCGCGCCGACCCGGAACUUUACGAAGCUUGCAAGGACGACGCCACGACGCUGUGCGAGGGCGUUAAGUUUGGCGGCGGCCGCGUGCAGGCUUGUCUGAGGGACAAGCGCAUGCAGCUGUCGUGGAGGUGCGAGGAGCAGCUGUUCCGGCAGGAGGUGGAGGACUCAGACGACAUCCGCUUAAGUGUGCGGCUCUACACGCUGUGCAUGCGGGAGAAGCGCAAGUUCUGCAUGGACGUGGAGCCCGGUGCUGCCAAGGUGAAGGACUGCCUGGAGGAGCACCGCAACGAAGAUGGCUUUGGCAAUCAGUGCCGUGAAGAGGUCAACAAGAUGAUCGAGGCGCGUGUGCGUGACUUCCGUCUGGACUCGCGGCUUCGCAAGAAGUGCGAAUCGGACAUUUACAACAUAUGUGCUUACCUGGGCGAGGUUGAUAACAUAGACAUUGCGGACGAGUCGAUCGUCAAUUGCCUACAGGAUUACAUGAAAGAGAUCCAGGACAACGAUUGCCGUGCGACGGUGAAGAAGUACAAGGAGCUUUCGGCGGAGGAUAUUCGCUUUAAUGUUCCCUUGGCGGAGGCAUGUUUUGAGGACCGCCAGCGUCUGUGCGCUAACAUACCUCCGGGCUCGGCACGUGUACUCCGCUGCCUGACUGGGAGCCGCACGAAACUCUCGCCCUUGUGUCGCGCAACGCUGUUCGACGAGGAGAUUCGUUUUUCCGAGAAUAUUGACUUCCAGUACCCCAUGAAGACUGCCUGCGGGCAGGAGCUCGAACGCUACUGCAAAGACGUGCCGCACGGCGAGGCGCGUGCUAUCCGUUGUCUACAGGACAACAAGGCCGAUCCGGACUUUGGCGUGGAGUGUCGCAAACAGGUGCAGCAGUACGAGAACGAGGUGUCCACUGACUACCGCCUCAAUUACCGCCUCAAGAAGGAGUGCCGGGACGAUAUCGAUUCGCUCUGUUCCUCGGUGUGCACGGCGGACGACGGCACGAUAUGCGGGGGCACCGUGUUGCGUUGCCUGACGGAGCGCAAGGAGGACAUCAAGAGCGAGAGCUGCCAGCGGGAGGUGCUGUACUUUGAAAAGAUGGAGGUCUCCAAUUUUAACAACGACGUCAUCCUGGCGGCUGCUUGCCGCAAUGAUGUGCAGAAGUUCUGCUCCACGAUCGAGCCAGGUGAGGGUCGCGUGCACGAGUGCCUCCGCUCCCACCGGGCUAACCUGACUGAAGCCUGCCGCCGCGAGGAGCUGCUCCUGGAGGAGGAGGAGGCUGAAAACGUGGAGCUUAGACCUGGGUUACUGCGCAUCUGCCGCAGCGAGCGCCGCGUAUUUUGCGGCAGCGUGUCACCAGGCCAGGCGCGCGUGUUCCGCUGCCUGGCCGAAAAGAUUUCGGACCCUGACUUCGGAGAGCCGUGCCGCAAGGAAAUCACUAGCAAGCUGCUGCGCCGACAGGCCAACUGGAAGUUGGACCCUACGCUCCGCAAGGCGUGCAGGACAUCCGUAUCCACAUUGUGCGCUGCGGAGGAUGCGGCCAACAGCGAGGAGGGCCUGGUGUACAAGUGCCUAGCGAACCACUAUAUGGACCUGGACGAGGCCUGCCAGAAGGAGCUGGGCCGCGCAGUGCACAUGGCCUUCUUUGUGUGGACCGAGGGCGCCAUCCUGACCUCGGACUGUGACGAGGACGUCAAGGCGUUGUGCCUGUCCGCACGUCCCAGCAUGGCCAUGACGCCGGGUGCCGUCGGCCAGUGCCUUGCCGCACAGUUGGAGGAGGGCUCCAAGCCCGACGCCGACCUGACUAUCCCGCGGCUUUCGGAAAAGUGCAGCGCCUUGGUGGACGUUGCGGAGCCGCCGAACAUGAAGCAGGCCUUUGAGGCGUCGCUAACAGUGGCACUGCUGCAGUCGCAGCUCUCAGCCGUGGAGGCGUCUACCGGGCUGACCAUGCUGCAGCGCGACAACCAGGGCAACGCGCAGGCGCUGACGUUGACGGGCUGGACGGCGCUGCUGGGCAUUGCUUCAAUGGUGUUAUUGGUGCUGUGGGGGAUCAACUACGGGUAUCGCCAGUAUCGUGGAAUGCCCCAGCAGGCGGGCUACACCUUGGUCGUGAAGGGCAGGGGCAGUCGGUGAUGGGGUUGGAUGGAGCACAGCUCUGUUCGCUUUGAUAUGUCCGUGCUGUACUAGCGGCGUUAUGCAAGUGGUGUUCUUGUAGAUGGUGGGCAUUGGAGUAAGGGACAAGGUGUUGGUGUUGGUUAUGUGGCACAGUCGUGAUAGCGGGAAUUGCACCACCUCAUCUUGCGGGGUGAGGGUGUAACCGCAUUGAGUCGCAACGCUUACUGGUUUGCAGGACAGGGCAGUAUGGGGAGGGGGUUAGAGACGGACGAGAACUUAUACCAAUAGGAUUGUGAACUCGCUGAAGCGUAGGUUAUUUACUGGCCGCAUGGUCUUGCUUCGUAGGAUUAUACGUAUUUGUGGUAUCCUGUGAGGCCGGCCAAGCGCCCAUCACUGACGCAUAACAGAGCGGGAUUGGGCGACUGGUGAAGAGGCGCCAGCCGUCCUUGCGUCCUGGGCCAUCAUAAUGCCCACUCUUUGCUCUAACGUGCUCACCAGUGUAGGUUGGCAAGUCAAGUGGGUCAGGUAAAUGAGGCAAGGUGGGUUUGAAGUGAAUGGGUAGACGCUUGUACGAGUACCGCACGUGGGCAACGUGCCGGGGAAGAUUAGCCGAAGACUUUUUUUCACUUGUGUCGUUAUGUGAGAAGUGGACGAAUGUCUUCAUAAAGUUCGACACGGCCUGGAUAUCGCAUGACCAUCGCGAUAGGACGGGAUAAGGGGAGAUGUGCUUCGUGAUUUACGGAUGGAGUGAUGGCCUAGCCGGCGAGAGCCGACAAAUCUGUGCCGAGAAUUGGCGCGGUCCUUGGCCGCGCUGGAAUAACGCUGUGUGCGUGCGCAAAAACAGGGCACAUUGCUCGACACGAGUUUGAGAUAUGGACGCGCUUACUAGGUAGUUGCGCUGUGUCACCAUCCUGCAUCUUAUACAAAUCGAUCGAUCGUUUUCUGCAACUUCCUGGGAGCCUCAUGGCAUUUGUUUAGUCUAGGGUGCUGAGGUCCCUUUUUGUGUACGCACGCAACUGGGCAGUGUGGCCCCGACGAUAGUUGUACCAUCGACGACAUCCUCAGCAUGUACAUGCAUGCGGCCAGUACGUAUAUACCCUUGGUUACGUACCUUCUCACAAACGGGGACGAUUCUACUAUAGGAAGGUGGGGAUUGGGCGCGGUGCGGGUGCAGAAUUGCUAACAUAGCGAGCCGGCAGGUUAUCUCAUGGCCCCAGGUCCAUGAGAUUUACCUGCCACCUGGCCGGCAUGGAGGAUUGGAAGGGAUGUCGCUUUGAUAUCGCUGCGUCCAGAUUGCCUACGGGCUUCGUGCUGAAGCUGAGGUAACUUGUAAAGUACAUUCCUCACAC